AUGUCCUCGACCGCCCUAUCCGCCUCCUCGGCGCCCCCCGCCGCCCCCUCUUCCACCGCCCCCGUCUGCACCUCCAACCUCUACGACACCCCCAGCCAGGACCGCGUCUGCGCCAUGCCCCUCGCCGGCAACCACACGGCCAUCAUGUCCGCCUGCUGCCGCGACGCCGACGUCGUCUCCUACUACGACGGCUGCGGCAUCUACUGCCUCGCCCUCGGCCAGUCCAUCCGCGACCUGCAGGACUGCCUAUUCGACCAGGGCGCCGGCUACACCGCUGUCUUCUGCCGCGACAACGGCGACGUCAAUGCCUCCGCCACCGCCACAGGCAACGUACCGCCCCCGGCCUCGGCCCAGGCCAGCGUCGUCGCCUCCGGCGGUGCCGGCGACGACGGCGGUUCCGCCAGCGACACCUCAAGCGGCAGCGGCCGCGGCGCCAGCUCCACCUCGUCGCCCAACGCCGCCGCCCCAGCCGGUCUGCACGCCCCCGGCGGCCUGAGCACCCUCGGCCUGACCAUCGGCGCCCUCCUCUUGUCCGCCGCCACCGUUGGCGCUCUCCAGAUCUGA